AUGACGCAGGCCCACGAUAUUCCGGCAACUGAUGAUGUGACGAACGACGCCGUAGCUCUGCCAGAACAAAGGCGCGAGCAGGAGUCAACCGCGUUGCAGUCCGUUGUGACUGGUACUGGAGUUAUGGAUCUCGAGGAACCCGAGGUUACACAGCUACGACCCAAAACGCCCUCCACGCCCCACCGCGUGGGCAAUGCCGCCAUCUUGGACGAUACUGCCAACGAAGACAGCCCGAGAGGCCGACUACCUGAAGUCAGGGGAAGCGCCAUUUUGACCGCUAAUGCGAAGAAAAAGAAGAAGAGGGCGAACAAGAAUAAGAAGACCGCUCCGUCUCAACCCAUCAAUGCAGUGCGAGGUUUCACUCCAGUCGACUCUGGCGCCGAGUCCGAUACAUCCACGGUCAACUGCAGCCCAAGAGUCACGUCUCCACCUCGGCAUCUCCCCGCCCUGGCUGGAGCAAGUCCGCUCAUUCGGCCCCAGUCACCAGGUAUUAGCAGCCUCAAGGCGCAACUGGAUGCAUUGAAUCUGAGGAGUGGACAGACUAGUCGAGAGGCCUCGCGCUCGCGCCAAUUCGAUUCUGGCAUGGAGAGCAGCGCUGCCAGUGCCAGCUCCGAAAAUGGCGUGGAAGAACCUCACGAAGAGAUUGUCAGCUAUAACAUCAACAUCGACCAAGACUUUGUCAGCCAGUCCAUGGCCGAAGAAGCUUCUGUUUCGACCACAACCAUGUCUCCGGAUCAGCUGGCCAGUUCUCAAAUCGCUAGAAAGAUGACGGCAGAUGAUUUCACACCGAUCAAGUGUCUGGGCGAUGGAGCAUUUGGUACAGUCUUGCUUGUGCGCCAAAAUGCCACCGGCAAACUCUUUGCUCAGAAACAACUGACCAAGGCCUUCUUGAAAGUCCACAAGAAGCGGGUCGAGAAUACGAUGUCGGAGCGCACGAUUCUGGAGCUGGUCAAUCGCCAUCCAUUUAUUGUCAAUCUCUACUAUGGCUUUCAGGACCAUGAGAAACUGUACUUGAUUCUUCAGUAUGCAUCAGGCGGCGAGCUCUUCCGACACUUAGAGUUGGAGAAGUUUCUUCCGGAGGAGACUGCUGCAUUCUACAUUGCAGAGAUCAUUCUUGCCCUGGAAUAUCUGCACGAGACUGUCGGGGUCAUCUACCGCGACCUGAAGCCCGAGAAUUGUUUGCUUGAUGCGGAGGGUCAUCUGCUCCUGACUGAUUUUGGACUGAGCAAGGUUGCUGUGGAGGACGCGAGCACGCCGGGCGGGAGCAGAUGCAACAGCCUUGGCGUUGGCACGAUCGAGUACAUGGCACCCGAGAUCAUUCGCGGUUCCGAAGACAGUUCGUACGGUCCGGGGUACGGCAAAGCGUGCGAUUGGUGGUCUUUGGGGGCAAUGGCGUGCGACCUGAUGACAGGCAAGCCCCCUUUUGGAGGGGGUAACUGGACCAAGAUCCAGCAGAACAUCAUGCACCAAAAGCUGAAUCUACCGUAUUUCCUGUCGCCCGAUGCGAAGGAUCUCUUGUCACGGCUGCUGCGAAAAGAGCCUAGGAAGCGACUUGGUGUGGGGAGGGGCGACAUCAAUGUCAUCAAGAAGCACCGAUUUUUCAAAAAGAUUGACUGGGUGAAGCUGGAGGCGAGGCAACUCGAGCCACCCAUCAAGCCGAUGGUCACGAACCCUGAGUUGGCGGAGAAUUUUGCGCGAGAGUUCACCGAUCGAACAAUUGACGCCGUGCAACGUCGACACAGUCGGGCUCUCAGCAAGUCAGAUCCGUUCGGAGGGUUCAGCUACGUCGCAAGCUCCAGCUUGUUGGAGCAAAGUAUGCUCUCAGACUUGGAUGAGGCUAUUGACGAUUCUUAA